AUGUCAUUGUACCAGCAGCCUGUAAUGAAUGUAACAAACGAGGCAACGAUGCAUUAUGGACAUAAUAUCAACGGUGCUGGUCCUGGGUAUCUAUAUUUGCAGGAUGACAGGUUCAAUUUCCAAAUACAUCAGAAAGGUAUAGAUGAUUCGGAAAAGAUCAGGAAUGACCUGACAGGCAACACGUUGAACACAACUGCUUCUGAAUUAUCGACGAGCCAGAUGUCCUCGAUAACUGCUUCUAUAACCACUGUUGGUGAUAUGAUGAAGCAGGGAGAUGGGUCUAGUUUGGAUAUUGAUUUGAUUGAGGAAUAUUUAAAUUUGGAGUCGCCACAGCAGUCUCGGCACCAGCAGUCGACGAUACAAUCACAGACGAUUGUAAAAAGUCCGUCUCAACAGUCGAAUAUACAGUUACAGCAAGAGGAAGAACUGGAGCAGUUAAACUUCUUUCCACAGCAACAGUACCAGCAGCAGUACCAGCAGCAGCAGCAGCAAGAUUAUCUUCACAGCAGCAAUGUGUAUCUUCAUUCGCAUCAACCCCACCGCUAUCUUGAUCAGCAACAACAGGACCGGCAAGAGGAACUACAGAAACACCAACUACGAGAACAACCCCAAUGGUUCCAGCCACAUACAGAAGAGAAUUAUUAUGGCGAACAACUACAGCGUUUAUCAUUUUCGAGUAAUAAUAGGCGCCUCUCUAUCAGCAGUUAUCAUAGCGACAAACCAGUAUACUACGAGUAUGAGGAUUUUGGUAUGCGCAGUGAAGAAGAUGAGGAGGAUGGCUUACGGAAUGAUGAUGAUGAUAUUGUCACCACAGAUGUCGAACGUUUGUACCAUCUAUCUCACUUAAUGUUAUCCCCAGGAAGGAAGUUGCGCAAAGAUUCUAUAUUUAGCGAUUAUGGAAAUGACAUGGCUAUGCCACUCCCUAACGCCCAAAUGAACCUCCAAAUAGAGGAGGAAUACACAACAUUUGCAGAUUCAGAGUCCAUACCACAAUGGAGAAGAAUGAAAGAGCGCCUAAAGUGGAAUAUCUUUGGUAAUAAAUCCGAACCAGCGUUAUCAUCAAGUGAAUAUACCUCCAUGGACGAUACCGAACCCCAACCGUUACUAAGGAAGAAAUAUUUCUGGUCAAGGAAACCGACCAUCCCUGUUAUUCAUAUAGAUUCACAAAAUAUGAACACCGAUGUAGGCUCACACGAGGAGGCCUCUAUUGAUCCCAGUGAACUGCUAAGGCCUGGUGCUGCUGAUUUCUCGUUCAACUUAGAAUGUGUUUCGCCUCCAUCAGAAUAUACAAGUAAUACCAUGGUCAAUUCAAGCAAUACUUCUACUAUAGGGAAUGUACAAGACUUCUCGAACUCAUUAGAGCAAGAAAUGAACAAUUGCUAUUUGCAUCAGAGUCCUGUUAAAACUACUGAGAUUAUCCCCACUAUUACUCCAUCAAAGGAUUCUACACUAGCUGAGUUGAGUGUAGCAAGAAAGAAGUUAGGAUUGCCAAAAACACGUGGUCGUAAGCCAUCCCCAGCACUUGAUGCCACGAAACCCUUUGGUUGUGAAUUCUGCGAACGUAGAUUCAAGAGACAAGAACAUCUGAAAAGACAUGUAAGAUCUUUGCAUAUGGGUGAAAAACCUUAUGGUUGUGAUAUUUGUGGUAAAAAGUUUAGCAGAAGCGAUAACUUAAAUCAGCACAUUAAAACACACACUAACGGCAAUUUUGAUGAUAAUUAG